GCCGUAUGCGCUCCCGAUCUUAUCUAAGAUCAGCUGGUGGUUUGUUUCUUUGCCGGGAUAUUUUGUAAAUGCAAACAGAUGUAUGUGCGUUUGCUGUUUGCUUUGUCAAACAAGGUCAUAUUCCGUAGACGUUAAAGAAAAGUGAAUCAAGGACAGCGAAUUGUCUUUUAUGAUUGUGUGAUCGAAAUCAGUUGAGUCUAGUUGAAGCUGUCAGCAUUACCAUGGCACAGUCUGCACCACUUCUACUUCGUAUUGUCGCAUCGUCUGUAAGAGCUGCCAACCGUGCUGGGAAGAUAAUACGAGACGUUAUGAGUGCGGGAGAUUUGGGAAUAGUCGAAAAGGGCAAGGAUGACCUCCAGACGGAGGCUGAUCGCUCGGCCCAGCGGUGCAUCAUCACGUCCUUGUCUCAGCAGUUCCCCGGAAUCACGAUCAUCGGCGAGGAAGGCUCUUCUAGCUGCGAAGUGCCGUCGGACUGGGUCGUCACCGACAGCGACCCAGAGGUCCUGAACCUCGCGUGUCCGGCGGAAUACCAGGACGUCGCAGACAAGGAUGUAGUUGUUUGGGUGGAUCCCCUGGAUGGAACAUCAGAGUACACGCAAGGCCUGCUGGACCACGUGACGGUGCUGAUCGGGGUGGCGGUGGGAGACCGGGCGGUGGGCGGCGUCAUCCACCAGCCGUACUACAACUCCGGGUCGGGCGGCGACGAGCUGGGGCGCACCCUGUGGGGCGUCGUGGGUGCCGGAGUGGGCGGGUUCGUGCCAGUGGCGGCGGAGGAGGGGAGGCGCGUGGUCACCACCACCAGGUCCCACUCGAACCAGGUCGUGGAGGCCGCGCUCCAGGCCCUGCGCCCUGACGAGAUCAUCAGGGUCGGCGGUGCCGGCCACAAGGUGAUGCUGCUGAUGGAAGGCAAGGCGCACGCCUACGUGUUCGCGAGCCGCGGCUGCAAGCGCUGGGACACGUGCGCGCCCGAGGCGGUCCUGGAGGCGCUGGGCGGCCGGCUCACGGACCUGCACGGCCGGCGCUACAGCUACGGCAAGGACACCCCCCGCGAGAACACGGGCGGCGUGCUGGCCACGGGGAAGGGGCAGGACCACGACUGGUACCUGCGCACGCUGCCUGAGACCAUCCGCCAGACCCUCGGUUAGUGCUGCUGUCCGCUCCUGUGACGCGUCGGCUCCGCCGAUCUCGCCAGCGUCCUCACCCCCGUGGAGCGAGUCUAGAUGUAGAGCGAGCACCAUGCCAACACUUGCCUCACUGUGUUGAAAAUUCAACAGUGGUAAAAUUCAAACCUAAAUAUGAGAUAUUAAGGUGUUUUCCAGCAUUAUUUUUAGCAAUUUUUUAAACAUCUUUCCUUGCAAUUAAAUGCAAAUGUAAGAUGCAAUAAUUAUUUUAAAGUAUGUUUAAAUGAGUAGAUUAAAUAAAAUUUGUUUUUACCCUCAGAUCGGUGUGAAGAAACAAAAGCCAAAACGAGCCUUGAAGUAGUGAUAUCCUAGAAAUUAUGUAGUUACAACUACCACUGGUUGUAACUAGGGUGUAACAGUAACUUGACUUGUCAUCACAGUAUGUUGGCCUCGCUUUAAAUACGUGGUCGGUUAAUUAGGUGGUCUUUUACAAUUUAUUUUGUGAUUUUAUUUUUGUUAAUUGAGUAAUCAUGCCUUCUAGUGAAUCUUCUGACAAUGAAUUAAACAGAAAAAAAAUAUUUUCUGGCAGAGCUUUUGUUUGUUAAGUAACUUUGUAAACACCUGGUAUUGCUACAGAAAUCUAGAGUACCCAAAAUUAUGGCAGAGAAAAAGCACGCUUGGGAUCAAAUAGUUACAGAAUACAGUCUUGCUACCGGAAUCAGUCACAUUAAAACAAAAACAAAUGUUAAGACUAUGACAAAUAAAAAGAUUAAGUGGUAUCUUUAACGCUGAUUGAUCAAAAAAAUAUGUCACUUCCGUGUGUUUAUAGGCAUGGUAGAAGUUUACCACAACAUACCUCUACUGCACAAACAAGUGCAUGCUCUACUUCUAUAUUCACUCUACAGUCUCACAUCAAGUUCCUUUCACUGUGGUUCCCAACAAUCUUAUGUUUAUCAGAGCGGUGAGGAUGGAUGUGCAGUAGAAAAAAAUCAGUUUUUCUGCAAUUAAUAACUGUCUUAAGAAAUUUAUUGUGGUCUUGUGUUGGUCUGAAUCUAGGCCUACUUCUUUUUAUGUACAAUCUCAGUCUAGUGUUGGCCUGUAAUCGCACAACCUCCAAGAAGAUAAAGGGGGAAAGUAACAUAUACACAGGCACCAUGAGUAUUUAUUGUAAAGGAACUACCUAUGUAUAAUAUUUACAAUAAUAUAACAAAAUUCUGUACUGUGAAUAAAGAAACCAUAUUAGAAUAACUUCAGAAUUACAAGGAAUUAUAAAAAAAUUAAGAGAGCAAAACUUAUUUUAAGGGUAGAUUUUAUGUUACGUAGUAUCCAAGUGCAAACUUAAUAAAAUUUACCAAGUAGAAAACCGUGUUCUUGUUUGUGUGUACUUUAUAUUUAUAUUGCAAACAAGUGGUACAAAACUUUAUGAGUUACAUACGUACUAUGUAUUCUAAAUAACUUCAAUAAGUUCUAUUUUUAAAAUACUUCAGCCGAAUGGCACAGACCAUGAGCUUAGAAAAAGGAUUUUACCCCUGUUUGCCACGCAGUAACGCAGGCAAGACAUCCUUUGGUUAGUACAUACUAUUUUGAAACUAUAGUUGUUAAUUAUUUGAGCAGCAAUACUAUAUUUCACUAUGUUUAUGAUUUUGGAGGAUUAGUAAAUUAGCCAGCACCUAACCACUUUUUGAAGUGACUGCUAAACUACUAAACUUCAGAACUUUCAGCAAUUUCCUUCCACAAGUAUACAAAUUGAGGGAUACUUGUUUUAAAUCACAAAAUAAUUAAAUUAUUUUGGUGAUAUCUAUGGUCGUUAUUCCAAGACAAAAAGAAAUAAGGGUUUGGGUGUUGAAUGUCACUAACUGUAUUCCUAGUGCACUAUAGGUCACGGCCAGUCCCUUAUUUUUAGGGCAAGGAUUUUGGUGUCAUAUCUGUAACUGGUCUGUUGCCCAAACUUCUGCGCAUAACUCACUUUUUCGGUGAUUUCGUCCAGAUGGCGGACCUGUGUCUGGUGCCAUUAACUCUUACAUACUCACUUUCUUGAACAUCAGGGAAGUACGAAGCAUAUUGGUGUGCAAAAUGAAACUUUGAUAGCUAAACUAUCCUGGAAUAUAUUUUGUGCACUUUAAUGGUAAUAACCAAGAAUAUUCACAACUUAAAAAGUACUUGAGAAAAUUAAAAUAGGUAAUAUUCGUAGUAGUAUAUUCAAUUAUCCUUGAGUCUAUGAAGCAGAGAGGUAAAGUGCACACUACACAGAAGCAAGGGUUUGUUUAGUAGCCAGUUUUAAACACAACAGAGUGGAAUUUUUUUUGUCUUCAACUUUUCAUAAAAUAUAUUAUUGUAUAAUGAACCCUAUCAUUCGUAUAAAAUAAAUAUUAUUUGUUUGAGUAGUUGCUUAGCUAACAAUACCGCUUAAUUAACAAUUCAAUAACUUUACAGCAGGAUCAAAAAACUGCUAUUUAAAUAACGUAUAAAGUAUAUUUAUGUAAUGUUGUUUUUAUUUUAAAACAACAUUUAGAAUACUUUUUUUUAUUAUGAACUAAGGGUAACCCACUACUUUCUUUUUUUAAAAAACCACUUGAUAUAAACAUAGUUUAAACUGUGGUUAAAACCAUUGUUGUUAUCAGCCAACCCUGUUGCUAAACUACAAUAUCUCGGUCCAUUGGUUUAGUUAAUUCAUCUAAGUUAUUCCUAUGGCCCUUAGUUUUUUUUAUUAGUAUGAAAAUAAAACAUAUAAAUAUAAAUGUUAGUAUGUGUGUAUAUAAAUAAUACAUGUUAUAUUCUGUGUGCUGUGAAAUGUUUUUUAGUUACAAAAACUGUACUGCCAAAUGUUAAGAAUUAAAAAAAGACUAUUCGUUAGGUGUAAACCAGACAAGCUGAGUUUUGUCAUCUUCGAUGAUUCUCACGUAGACUUACGCAAACAAAUGUGUAGAGAUACGUCAUUUGGUGUGCUCAAUCUGCAAUGUGCAACUGUUUAUAGCCUCUCUCAGUGCACUGUUUAUUAAAAUGGCUGCAAAUAUUUUUUCUUACUGGGAUUCGGUUUCGUCACAUUCUGGAACAUGGCCUGCGAGUUAAGUUACGGUUGUUGUAUCCCAACAAGGCAAUGCUUAUUCACUACCUUACCUGAACGCCUUGGAAUAUCGCCCUAACAGUGCAUAAUUUGUUAUUUCAACUGCAUUGUUUUUGGUUUUUGUGUAUCUUGCAUGAAUAUCUAUUAAGUUAUAACUUUCAAGCUUAGCAUAUGGUAUUACACAUAGUUAUGGUAAACAUAAUAGAGUUAACUAUGGUAGAUUUUGUAGUGUCUUACAUACUGUUUACUCCAAUAAAGGAGGGACAAUGCCUUUCAACACAAUUUUUUUCUCUUCACUUUAUAGUUUUAACCCAUAAUAUAAUUAAUGAAUUUGCCCUGUAUUCUAGUCAAGACAGUAUUAAAAUUAACUGAAAAUUAUACAACUUUGUACAGGAAUUUUUUUGAAGUACAUACUUGUAUAUACCAGGUGUUAGUAUUAAGAAUAAUGAAGUAAAUAAAAUUUACGUUUUAAAAUAUUUUCCAUUAUUGUAGCCAUCACACACAUUUUAUAGCAGGUAAUCAUAUAUGUGGACCUGCAAAAGUUGUAUAAAAUGCUUGGUUUGAAGAUGUGUUAACUUUGAAUGCAAACACAAUUUAAAAAGUUUUUGAAAGUAAUAAAAAUAUUUCAACUUGUGAAUUUUUUUAAUGCAAUGGUAAUGAAUUUCUUGGCUUGAUAUCAGGACAAAUUGCGUGAUGGAACCACUGUUUUGAUCAAACAGGUAUGCAUUUGUUUGUAUUGGUAUGCUGUUUAUAUGGUAUUAAACUUAAAAAUAAAAUUAAUAUUGUUUUUCAGCCAUUAAAAUUUGGCAUUUUUGCAUUUGUGUUCCAGUUAAAAGCAUAUUGACAUUCAGUAAUCCGGCUUGGUAUUGAACCCAAAUGCAGGAAAAAAUUUAUUGUGUCAACAUGCCUGAUUACUUAUCUAUUUAGUAUGAUAAUAAUAAUAAACAAUAUUUACAUAGAAGUACGUAUGAUAAAAAUUCUAGAGGAUCAGACACAUGCAUGAAAGAGUCUUACAGUUCCGAAUGCAUCCGCUGUUGCUACCCAAGCCACCCAUUUGUACUUAGAGCAAAUUCAUUAUUAUUUAAUGCAGUACAGAAUUUAAUUCAACUCUUUUUACAUGAUAGCAAUACAAAUAAAUAAGAUAUGAAAUGAAAAUAUUGUAUAUCGUAGCACGUAACAUUUAUAUCUUCGAUUUUUUGUGUUUAUGCUCUACUUAUUUCUAAUAGGUAGUUGGUUCUGAGUGAGUAGAAUGACAGCACUGUCAGUCUGUGCAUAUUAAUGUAUUAUUUUCAACAUAUUUUUUUUUAAUAAUCUUGACGUACUCAUAAGAUGAUCAAAGAAGUGCAACAUAUUCGUAAGAUGUGACUUUUGAUGUCUUAUAAAUAAAAAAAUUAAAUUAUAAUGUUUGCCAAGUACCUGAUUAAUGUGACAGCUACAAUUUAUGAGUUAGAAUAUUUAUGUGGGUUUAGAGUUUUUAAACCACAAGGAAAAAGGAUGAGAGGUUGUUAACACUUUGGGUGCUGGAAUUUUAAAAUGUUGUGUUUCCAAUUAUUUUCUGUUAUUUGGUCACGUAUCUAUUAAAAAAAUCAUAACAUCAAUGUUUUACAUUGACAUAAUUGAUAAUAUAUUAUAAAAUAUUUUAAACUACAUUUUUUAUGCAUUUUAAAUGAUUUACUUUGUUAUAAUUAAUUGUUAGUUUCAAUUUUUAACUGUAUGAAGCAUGUUUUAAACAGUGUCAGUAAUUAACAUGUAUCUGAAUUAGUUUACGUGUUGCUUUUUAGCUCUUGGUUUUUCUAUGGUUCCCAUUACUUGCGGUAUUUAUGUAAUGAAAGAGACAUUCCUUUAACUUAAGGAGCAUUUUCAUUCCUCCUGCAAAAAUGUCAGCUUUAUUGUGGAUGCAAAUGGUGGUGGUGUUUGAUUAUUUAUUUAAGCUCUGUAAAUUUUGUAGAGUAUAUAUUAUCUUCCACAUAACUUAUUCCAUGGUGGCAGAUGGUCACCACUUAAAAGAAGCAUUUAAAAAUAGUUCUUCUUGAAUGCUUUAUAAGGAAAAUAAAAACUAUCAAUGCCUCAAACUGUUAGAUUUUAGAAAACUUGCCCCUUUGAGGUUUCAAAAUCAUUUUAUUGUAAUACUCUAUGUAAAGCAUGUAAUAUUAAUAUUAAAUAUAAGUGUAAUGAACAUUUGAUGAUUGUGACUAUAUGUGUAACUUAAAUCAAGGGGUUGUUACCUGUUUGCAUAGUUUUUUUUUUUAAACAGAAUUCAAAUUAAAAUUAAGUUUUUAAGAUAUUGACACUCACCUAUCUAACUACAUUUUGGACAGAUCAUUGAAUUUGUAAUAGUUAUAUUUCCAAUUUUUUGGCUUGUAGGAGGUGCUGUGUACAUACACUAUCUUUUUUAAACCUUCUUAGUACAGUUUUACAAUGAACUGAUAAAUUUUAAAUGUGUUAACCUUCAUAUCUAGCCACUGUUGUUUUUUAUCUUAAUUCAGUAUUUGGAAAACAAAUACGUAAUGAAAAAUAACCACCUGUUCACACAAUAUUUAUUUAUGUGCUUAAAUUUACACUUUAGGGCUCUAAAGUCAAGAUCAGUAUUUGCAGAAAUUAUAUAUUGGAAUUUAGGUUUUUGUUUACGUUGAUUUAAAUUUAAGGCGAAAAAUGCUUUCAAAGAGCUACUUUAAAAGUAAAAGCUAUUUGUGACCUAACCUAAACAUUCACCCAUUUUUCUGCUGUAUAAAUGUUAAACUAAUUAAACAACAUGUUAUGUGUGUACUAUGUUGCUAAAUGUAUUUGGAGCUGGUUUAUAAUUGCUACAUAGGAUUUUAAAGUAGUGACAAAUCUUGCCAUUGUACAUUACUUGUUUUGAAAAAUAUGUAAAUUUGUUUGUCUGAAUUUUUAGAUGUAUAGGAUGCAACAAAAUUGGAUAGACAAAUUUGGGAGAGUAACAAGACUUAGUAAGAUUAGUAUCUUCUGGUUAAACUCCAUUACAAUAUGACCAAAAGGUUGUGAAAUUUACUACCUGCAUGAGUAGGAAACUUUCAUAGCCUACUUGUAGACUGAUCGGCUUAUGUGCUUUUGAAGUGCAUUAGGCUCAACUUUACUUGCCACAUCAGGUUAUUGCAUUUUAAUGGAAUUUUUUUAUUUAAGGAGUUCCUAUGAAUAUUUCACUAAGUGUGCAUUCCUUUUGUUUUGUAGCAAAUGUCGUCAGUGAUAUAGGAGUUGUGAUACUUAUCUGCUAUUUGUAAAAAAAAAAAAAAAAAAAAAAAAAAAAAAAAGUCUGGUAGAUAUUCAUAUUUAUAAUUUUUUCUUGAGGAAAAAUCUAUAAAAACUAUUGCAUUCUUAGCAACAAAAUGAAAGAAUUAGAAAGCAAACAGCAGGCAAAGUGGUUCUAUUAAAUUCAAACACCCCCCCCCCCCCCCCCCCCUCCAUUCUCCUCCUUUGCCUCCUUUUCUCAAAUUAACUUCUGCGUACACUCCUGAUUAAGUCAGUCAUUUACUGAAAGUUAAUUUACUAGGUUUCCACAGCUGGAUAAAACUUAAAAGCUGCUUCAAUCUUAUUUUUUUAUAUUUUUUUCAUAAAGAUCUGCAAUUAGCAGAAAACGAAAAAUGGGGUUGUUCCCCACUUCUUGAAUCCGGUUUUGGAAAGCUAGUUACCUAUUUUGGCUUUUUGUUGUUUCCCAUGUGAAAUAAUUUAGUAUUUCUAAACUACCUCCCACAAUUUGUCUAACCAAAUUUGCUUCAUCUGUGGUCUGUUGUAAACCACCAGGUAUUGUUUGUAAUAUUAAACUUUAAAUGUAGAUGAUUAUAGAAAUAUAUCUGAGCCCAUUAAAGUUGUUAAUGUUUUGACAUUUAAUAUUGUAAAGCAUGUAGUAUUACAUUGGUAUAAAUUUGUUCAUGACUCCUGUAAUAUAGAACCUGUCAAAUGUUUCACUUAAUGUACUUCAUGUCUUACAGUAAGAGCCUUCCAAACAAAAUCUCUUGUAGCUUUUGGAUCUUAUUACAUUAUUAGUGUGUAAGGUUAGUGUAUAUGUAUAAACUGAAUGUUACAUGCCAUGCAUACCAAAAGCUAUUUGUAAAUAAUUAAACUUUUUUCUAUAUUUUUCUUUCAAGGGAACUUAGCACUUUUACGAAUGAAUGAUUCAAGUUGUCAUAUGUGUUGUGCAUAUUUACAUGGGCGAGGUUUAAAAAUGUUUUUCUUAAGUUAGAAUGCAGUGUUUGCUUUGUAACUAGCAAACAGUAUUUAUUAUGGCAAUUAUUUUUUCUUUCAAUAGCUUAUGAUAUGCAUGGUAACUUAUUUUGUAUAUACUUAAAUAUGCUGCAAGUGAAUUAAUAGUGAAGAUUGAUAGGAAAGAUAAUUGUGAAAUGAAAGAGCAGUUUAUUGUUCCGAAGAAAUGCAGGUUAUGGUGAUAAUUUUAUUUUAUCAAGCUGCAAACGCACAAAAUACUGACCCAUAACCAUUGUGGGCAGUGCCUGAAAGAGAAAAUUUAUUUUCAAAGAUUAUAUUUUGUAAAGUAUUGUGAUAUGUGAUGAAUGAAAUAAGUAGUUUUAUAUCAUGUAUUUCAUGAAUGUAAUAUAUGUGAAGAUGUUUAAAAUGAAAAAUUUUGUGGUCCAAGAAUACUUUUUUGUGUGUAUUUGUAGUCAUUGGUUUGUAUUACACCACAAUUGAAGUAGAAUGCAGGUCUGAUAAACUACCUUAACUUGACAAGUUGGGUUUUGUUGCAGUGUUAGUGUGUACAGAUGUUUGCUCUACUUUGCAACAGACAUCUUCAGGAUUGAGAAUAGAGCUGGGAUGCAAGCCCUAAUCUCAGGCAGCUAGCGCUCUGGGAAAAUAAUAUACAUUUGUCCCCUUUCCUUUUCCAGUUACCCCCACACAUCAUAAAAUAUUACAAAUUCAAUCUUAUUUACAGUUAAUUUUAAAACAGCACAUUAUGAAACUAAAUACUGAGCUUUUUCAAAACUAUCUUUCUUAUUUAAAAUAAAUUGUUAUUGAAGUUUUAUACGACUGUUAUAACUACCGUAAUAAAACAUGAGCUAUAGUCCUAUAGUAUACAGUAUAUUGUUAAAUGAGUAUUAAAUCUAUUUAUUUAAGUAUUUGGUUUUAAAGCCUAAUAUUUUUAAGUACACUGCGAUGGUUAGUAUAAACUAACAUUUCCACUUGACAUGCAUUUUUGUAAAUAAAUUCAUUACUGUACCUUAAUUUUUUCCUGUCCCUCAAUUUAUUUGGCCUUUUUUUUUCUUUUUCUCUUUUUUUCUUUCUUUUUUCUUCCCCCACCUUAAAUACUCCUGCCCCUCAAAUAUUGGUGCUCUAGGCAAAUGCCCGGUUGGUAAGUUUGUAAAUCAGAGCUUGGCUCUGGGAGGUGGUGAACUGGUAAAUAAAGAAUCAUGAGAUGCAUCUCCUCCUAUUUGCUCUAGUGCCAGUCAAUCCGAGGAGGGCUCUCCUGCCAUUGACUGCAGUAUCGUCCAAUCGUGCAUGGCCUCAUUUCAUUGGCUGUUGUUGGCCAAUCUGAAUCAGAACCUGUAUGGCUUCUCUCCUCAUGGUUUGUGCUUGUUUUAUUUUUUCAAUAAGUGGUCCCCAUGGUCAGGGGCGAAGCCGGGGGGGGGGGGGGGGGGGGGGGGGGUUUAACCCCCUUCCCCCCCAGCACCAAAUCUUUAAUUAAAUUUCUUAUUCAUCACUCAAACAAAUUUCAUAUUAAAAAUUAAUAAAAUUUUUACCAUUACAAUAUUUAAAUUCAAGUACCGAAAACUGCUAAAAUAGCACUAUUUUACACCUUAAAAUCCAAAUUUUCCCGGGGGAGGAUCCCCGAACCCCCCACUUUAGUACGGGGGGGGGGGGGAUGCUUCUUAACACCCCCUCCAUACACAAAUCCUGGCUACGCCACUGCCCAUGGUUUACUCAGCUUAGUCAUCUCUAUUCAUGUUUGGGUGUCCUGUUCCUGUAAUUCUCUAUUAAAUAUAAAUACUAGUUUGAAGACUGUCCAUUUAGAUUACGUAUGUGUGAAUUAUCUCUGAAAAAAUUUCAACUUUCUAACUUAAAAAAAAAAGGCAUGUUACUAUGAGUAAUAGAUCUAUAUCAGUAUUGUUUUUUGUUUUUUUUUAUCCCUGUAAUAUAAAGGUGUUAGUAAACAUCCGGUAUAUAGGCCCCUGCCACUUCCCAGGUUCCCAACCUAAUGUUCCCUGCUGCAAAGCAGAGCAAAACAUUGCUACACAUUUGUCAAUGUGGCAUGGGUUAACCUAGUAAGGUAAGAUAGUUUAUUAUUGUGUAGUUACUCCCAACUGUGUACAGUUCCCACUAAACUGUAAUUAAAGUAAAUCUUGCCAUUCA